AUGUCCGCAUCAGCCUCUGGCUCCGAUGCCAAAGCAAAUGGUUCAGCGACUCCCCGAGACCAUAACCAAGGGAAUCAAGAACGCAAAUACACUCCUCAACAGAAAGCCGAGGUCAUACGGAUACGAAAAUGCAGUCCUACCGCGUUCUACGAAAUCCUAUCGAUAGAGAAAACGUCCACGGAUGCAGAGAUCAAAAAGGCCUACAGAAAAAUAAGUCUAUUGACGCAUCCUGAUAAAAAUGGUUAUGACGGCGCAGACGAAGCUUUCAAAAUGGUGUCGAGAGCCUUUCAGAUAUUAUCCGAUGCAGAGAAGAAAUCUAAAUAUGAUCAAUUCGGUGGUGACCCUGAUAACCGCUUCUCAAGUAGCGGAUCUGCAAGUGCAGGAGCGAGUCCAUUCAGUGGCUUCGCCCGAUCGGCUGGAAGUGGGAGGGGUCCUUUCUACGAGGACGAAAUCUCGCCGGAAGAGUUGUUUAACAGAUUCUUCGGGGGCGGUGGUGGUGGUGGAUUCGGCGGGCCGCAAUUUGUCUUCAAUAUGGGAGGUGGACCGGGCUUCACAGUACAUCGCAUGGGCGGCAAUACACCACGAAGGAGGCCCAGAGACGCCAACGCAGAGCCUCCCCCGAGUGGCCUGUCCGCAUUAACACAACUUUUACCGCUCCUGCUACUGUUCAUACUACCUUUGCUCUCCUCUUUCUUUUCCGGCUCAACCGAUUCAACCCCUCAAGUCCGCUUCGACUCGCCUGUUCCGCCACAUACGCUACAUCGAGUAACGCCCAGGUACAGGAUCGACUACUUCGUCAACCCAGCCCAAGUUGAGGGCUACGGUUCGAGGCAAUUCAAUUCGCUUGAUCAACGUGCGGAGGUCGAUUAUGUUUCCAGUCUGAAAUAUCAGUGCGAUACAGAAGUUCAUCGAAAACGACAGGAAAUAAACGACGCAACGGGGUUCUUCUUCACGGAUGAGUCUAGGUUGCGGCGGGCGAGGGAUAUGCCUAUGCCGGGGUGCAGGCGGCUGGAUGAACUGAAGAUAAGUCGACAGUACUGA